CCUUAAACCAAUCAUUUAUCUGCCACCCUUCGCGGUAAUAGCAAACAUGCCAGAGACGUCGGUUGCUCCUCCCGCCGUGUCGCGACCCAGCAAGCCUGUUUCCGAAGCUCUGCUGAACGAGAAGUGGGAUCACUGCCUCUCCUCGCUCCUAAUCCGCUCCUCAUUGGGUCUGUCCUUCGGUGUCGUCUUCUCGGUUCUCCUAUUCAAACGAAGAGCGUGGCCUGCUUUUGUUGGCUUGGGAUUCGGUGCUGGACGUGCGUAUGAGGAAUGCAAUUCGUCGUUUUUGAGAAGCGGAAAGGAGGGUGUUAGGGUCCAGAGACCGUGA